AGAUAUGUUGGAUUGGACACCCAAAACAAUUAUCCGCCAUGGAUACCCUUCUGAGGUCUGGGUGGUGGUGUAUCACCAUCACCAGCUCUACCCGCUCUCCAUACCCCAGAACUCAUUCCAUUAUUCCUCGUCCUCCCAAACCACAUUCCACCAGACUUCUAGAAGCAGGACCACGAGCAGUGCGUGAAAGUGCAGAGGAGAAUGUUCUGCAAACAUUCUUCAGAGAGAGGCAAUUGAAUGGGGAUUUUAUAUCAAAAGCUUCAGAUAUCUUAUGGCAGAGGGAGGUCAUGAAGUUUGUUGAUGCUGAUGCUGGAACACUUGCUGACAGUUCUCAACAACCAGAGCAGGUCAUGGCAAAUGAUAAUGAUGGAGGAUUUCUGAAACUGUCAAAAACCCAGGAGUGGGUUUUAGGUGACAACUCUGCACCAGUAAACAAGAAAGCUCUUGCUAAGGCUAUGCAGGAUGACAGUGAUAAAAGGAAGAGACUUAACCUUCUCAGAUAUGAAGCUCUCAAGAGGGAACUGAUGUUUUUAUCUAUUGGUAUCGGAACUGCAUGUAGUGGUUAUUGUUUGGUUGCCCUAUCGGUUCAGGUGGAGCUACCAAUUGUGAAUCUGGUCCAAAUAGCUUUGAUAUAUAUACUCAAGGCUGCUAUUAGUUAUGCAACUGGGGUUCUUUUCAGUUGCUUGUACCUUCAACUCUUGUACAAACAUGUAGACAACCUGUCCAGAGAAGUAGUUCCUCAAAUCUUCAUGCAGAAAAAGUCAAAGAAAAUUGGCGUAAGAAGUGAAGAUGUCAAGGAUUUGCUAGAGAUAUCAAUAAAGGGUAGUGGUAUUGCUCUCUCUUCUCCGAGGCUUGUGAUCCCGGCAGCAAUAUAUGGAUUGUGGGUUCUAUCUCAUCGAUAUAUUGUCAGUGACUUCUUGGAUUUCCAGAUUUUGCCGGCCAUGUUUGGGAUGUUUGUCUACAAAGCUGCCGCUCUCUUUCAAGUCUAUAGAGAUAAUGAAGAUCUGCAGUUUGUCUUUCCGGAAAAUGAAGAAGGCACAAAAUGAUUGAUUAUUGUUAUUUAUUUAUUUAUUUUUUGGGAUACACAUUGGAGGUGGACAGAAAGUAUUGUACCACCUUAUUAAAAUUUUCAGCGUAGAGUUGAUGCUUCUUGGUUCCCCUCUUCCUUCCAUACCCUUUACAUGUCAAUACCUGGCUGUCUUCCAUCCAGUACAUAAAGUAGAAUUACAAAAAGUACCCAUCAAGAUAGUCGGAGAUGAAAUGUGAAAGGCAGAAGAACCAAUUCUGGUAUGAAUGGCUGAUUCUAAUGUGUCUCUGCAAGUUAAACUUUUUGAGUUGUCCAUUCUUCUAGGCUUCAUGUUGGUUCAGUUUAAUUUACUGCAUCCCUCGUGUUUUUGUUGUCUCUCUCUCUCUCUCUCUCUCUCUCUCUCUCUCUCUCUAUGUAUAUAUUAGAUUAAAUGAAAUGUAAAACAUGAUUUUAGUUGGAAAUUUCCCUAAUUGGAGAAUUCUUCCAAUUAAGGCCUAAUUAAAUUUAAAUGUUGGUUUCA